GCAGCUUCAGGUCAGUAGUCGUAGGAGCUGGAAGAAGUGUCUAGUCGUCUUGAAGGAAAACAAGCCCUAAAAAAUGGCUUCGAAAUUUUACUCCUUAACUGCGAAGCUUUUAACAGGAGAAGUAUUCAACUUCUCCUCUCUUCAGGGCAAAGUUGUCCUCAUUGAGAACGUCGCGUCUCUCUGAGGUACGACCGUCAGGGAUUACACCCAGAUGAACGAGCUCCACGACAGGUACGCCGCGAAGGGGCUCGUGAUCCUGGGAGUACCCUGCAACCAGUUCGGCCAUCAGGAGAACUGCAAGAAUGAAGAAAUCCUGGCMUCUCUGAAGUACGUCCGUCCUGGAAAUGGCUUCGAGCCCAAGUUUCAGCUCCUUGAGAAGGUGGACGUGAAUGGUAAGGACGCCCACCCCUUGUUUGUGUUCCUGAAGGAUGAGCUUCCUCACCCCAGUGACGACCGUACGUCCCUGAUGAGCGACCCCAAGUUCAUCAUCUGGAGCCCGGUGAGCAGGAACGAYGUGUCCUGGAACUUUGAGAAGUUCCUCAUUGGGCCUGAUGGAACACCGUUCAAACGCUACAGCAGGAAUUUCCUCACCAGCAGCAUUGAGGGAGACAUCAAGAACCUCCUCAGUCAGGCCAAAUAAAGCCUGUGUGUGUAACCUUCCUUCAUGUGUUCUGUAGGCGGUUACACUCCAACACUUCCUGUGCUCUCUCGUAUGUGAUGACUGUGUUGGAGUCGUUUUACCACAUGAAGACAUCCUCUGAAACGUGUGAGGAGGGUGUCGGAUGAAAUGUAAAAGACGCAACUUUCUCAGUUCCAUCACGUGCCUGUACAGCACAGAUGUGUGAUGUAUGUCGAGGACCAAUAAAUAACACUUUUUUCUCAAA